AGCGCGCAUGUUCAGUGUUACCAGGCAGAACGCCGUCUGCUUUGUUGUGAGUGUCGCUGCAGCUGCUUUUGGUGACUCAGCCGGUUAAUGUGGGUCACGAGCAAGAAUUUUCUCCUCUAACGCAUGUUAUAAGGUUGAUUUUAAGUUUUUAUCGGCUGUGCUUGUUUGGCUUCAGACAGAAGCUGUCGAGCUCCUAAAUAUAAACAAAACGCAGUAAGCGAGCUGCUUUUUUUUUAAGGUGGUACGGCAGCAGUUAGCAGUGUUAUAAUCGGACUUGAAAAUGGCUUCGCGGCGUCGUUAGGAGAUUAAACUCCUAAAACUACGCGAACAUGAGAGAAGAGGACAGUUUACUGUCAGAAAGGCAGCCCAUGGCAAGUGAAAGAAGGGGUGGAAAUCCCUGCUACUGCUGCCGCUGCUGCUACUCUACAGAGGAGAAGGGAGCCUACGAGCUGCGGCCUCCUCGCGGUCUGUCCUGGUCCCACUAAGCCGCACCGAGGCAGCAUGGAGACGGUGGGCCAAUUCGAGUUCAGCCGCAAGGACUUAAUAGGACACGGCGCAUUUGCUGUCGUUUUUAAAGGCAGACACCGAGAGAAACAUGAGUGGGAAGUGGCAGUAAAAUGCAUAAACAAGAAGAACUUGGCCAAAUCCCAGGCACUGUUGGGGAAAGAGAUUAAAAUACUCAAGGAACUAAAACAUGAUAAUAUUGUUGCUUUACUCGACUUUCAGGAAACUGCCAGCUCAGUGUACCUGGUAAUGGAGUACUGCAGUGGUGGUGACCUUGCUGACUACCUACACUCCAAAGGCACGCUGAGUGAAGACACGAUCAGGGUUUUCUUACAACAGAUUGCAGGGGCCAUGAGGGUUCUUCAGUCCAAAGGCAUAAUCCAUAGAGACCUCAAACCCCAGAAUAUUCUGCUCUCCUACCCACCAGGACGCAAGUCCCACUCCAACAACACCUGCAUCAAGAUUGCGGAUUUUGGGUUUGCCAGGUACCUUCAAAACAACAUGAUGGCGGCAACACUCUGCGGGUCUCCAAUGUAUAUGGCUCCUGAGGUCAUUAUGUCUCAAAACUACGAUGCCAAGGCUGACUUGUGGAGUAUAGGAACAAUAGUGUUUCAGUGUUUGACUGGGAAGGCUCCUUUUCAGGCUAGCAGUCCUCAGGACCUUCGACUGUAUUAUGAAAAAAACAAGAAUCUCAGCCCCAACAUCCCCAGAGAGACCUCCAGCCAUUUGAGGCACCUACUGCUCGGUUUGCUGCAGCGCAACCAUAAGGACCGUAUGGACUUUGAUGAAUUUUUUGGUCAUCCUUUCCUGGAAGCGAGUUCAUCAGUGAAGAAAACAACACCUGCUGUGACUAUGACCUGCUUCCCGAGCUCUGCAUCGGCCAGUUCUUGUAGCAGUUCUUCCACUUCUCACCUUGCCUCUCCACCGCAGUCUCUCGCUGAAGUUCAACAGCAGCGUGCCAAAGCCUUGGCCUCCCCGACCCAUGAAGCCACAGACUUUCUCAAGGACUUGUCCGGCGGAGGAGGAAGCAGCAAGAAUUCCUCUUCCUGUGACACAGAUGAUUUUGUCAUAGUGCCUGCUCAUUUCACCACAGCAGAGCUGACAUGUGAGAGUAAAAUGCUGCAGGACAGCCUGAUGAACAGUGGUUCUCUUCUGGCAUCUGCUGGUUUGUGUGUCCAACCCAAAAGCCCACCACACUCGCCUUCAUACGGCAGCUCUCCAAGUCCAGUCAGGCCGAGCGGCUUCUCUGCAAGCAACUGUGAAGGUAGCUAUGGAAACCCUCCUCAGUCAUUACCUAUUCCAGUCCCCACUCAGGUCCAGAACUAUCAGCGCAUGGAGCAGAACCUCCAGUCUUCUAAACAGGAUGGCUCACCACAGCUGACUGUUCCAGUGCAUCGCUGCAGCAGCGGAGGCUCGUUGGGUUUUGCUCGGGCCAGGCUGUCCCCACCAUACGUGCAAGAGGCAGUUGCCACCACACGCAGGUUUUCUCUGGGAGGUGCUAGACCUUUUCAGCUGUCCCCACAAGCUUAUCAGUACAAUGAACCUCGGCAGGCCAGUCGACAGCAACCACAGCAGACGGGACUGGGUUCACGGCUCCACAGCGCCCCAUGUCUGCUGGAGUGCACUAGCAGUGGUGCCAGGCAAAAGAUUAGGAAGCAGUUCUCUGACCCGGUGGCUUCACCUCCUACAGGCUUAAUGGCUAUGCGUCCUUUGCACUCUUCCCCCAGACUCAGUGAGCUGAUACAGCGCAGCCCCCUUCCCACCAUCCUUGGCUCCCCUUCUAGGACCGCCCCUCCAUUUGAGUUCCCACAGCCUCCCAGCUCGCCGAACCUUGUGACCUUCCUGACUCAGCAGGGUUUGGUUGUUGGCUCACCUAGCAGCAGGACUCCUCCAUCAGAGCUUAGAGAUCCAGGACAACAGGCACCGGCACAGAUCACUCAUCCUGCCCAUUGCAUCCACAGACGGCACAGUGACACAAAGGUCUUCGGAAGGUCUCAGAGUGCCGGCCGGCUGUCUGACGCGCUGCUGAUGACUGCAUUUGGUGCAGGUGGACCCGUGACAGAUCGAGGCAGCAUAGAGAACCUGAUGUCUGAAAAAGCCAUAGACCUUACAGGUGGAGUGCAUCCGGUUGGUGUGGGAGGACUUGCUGCUGGGUCCAGCAGCCCAGCGCAAGUGGUCUUCACAGUGGGCUCUCCACCCAGCAGCACCCCACCUCAAACCUGCAGACAGCGAAAGCGCUCAAGCUCUUUCAGUUCAGUCAGCCCAACAGGCUCCUUCACCAGGCGCUGCCCACAUAUGGAAACACACCUGGAAGGGUUUGAGUUUCCAUCUAGUCGUCGCUACAGUUUGACUGAUCCCAUCACAGCCAACAUGGGCGGUCCUGUAACCUUUGAUCCUCCUGAGCUGCCUGAGGAGACCCUCAUGGAGCAGGAUCACACAGACACCCUGCAAAGCCUCCGUUUCACCUUGGAUUUCACCUGCUGUCUGAUGGAGGUAGCUGGAGCCCGCGGGGCCAUGGGAGCGGCCGCUCAGGAUGCCUCUAGCCCCUCCCUCCUUCAGCCACAGACCCUGGUAGCCGAUCAGAUAAGUUCACUGAGCCGGGAGUGGAGUCAUGCAGAACAGCUGGUUUUGUGCCUUAAGACUACAGAACUUUUGUCAGCUGCCUUACACACGGCCAUGGAGCGAGUCAAACAGGGCAAGCUUUACCCAUCUGCUACUGUCAAACAGGUAGUGAGGAGGCUGAACGAGCUGUACAAGACCAGUGUGGCGUCCUGUCGCUCACUCAGCACACGUCUGGAGCGCUUCUUCUCCAGGAAGCACCGUCUAAUGGACCAAGUCACCUCCAUCAAAGCUGAGCGGCUAGUUUUCAACCACACUGUGCAAAUGGUUCAGGCUGCUGCACUGGAUGAGAUGUUCCACCAGGGGGAGGCAUCAAUCCUACGCUACCAUAAAGCCCUCCUGCUGCUGGAAGGACUUUCUCUGCUGCUCACUGAACAAAAGGACAUCCUCAGUGUGGACAAAUGUAAACAGUGCAUUGAACGUCACCUCACAGCUUUGCAUUCGGGGCUCUGUGUUUGAUAGUCAGACACUGCCCUCUACAGUGUGGAGACAAUGUCAGUCGUUUGCACCCUGUGCCCAAUAAGUGAACC